AACAUUCUAAGUUCAGGAAAAGAACUGUCGCCAAUACUUCCAGAUUUUACUUUUCCUAAUGAGAUGACACCGCCAUCUCUGGUCCAUCUUCCGGGCAGGCCCUACGAUGACCCAUCACUUCGCCAUGAUAGAAGCCAUUCAUCGACAUCCUUUCACAUUCCUCGAAAGGGUGUUGCCCCUCCCUCAUCAUCAAGCAGCCCAGAGGUAUCACCGUUGAACCUCGCUUCCGAUAAACAGACUCGCACCCGCACUUAUACGCCGUCUGAUAUGGAGACGAUUAAAGAACGAGUGGCAUCUGCCAUGAAUGAAGUGGAGGAAUUGCAAAAAAAGAUCAACGACAUUAUCGAGCGACAAAGUCUCUACACAGCGAGCAGACCAUCAACAGCCCAUUCAAUGGCUCGCACCUUGCCUGACGCGGCGGAAGUUCCUAUUCUUCCUGCGCUGCCACCAGCGGCGCCUUCAUUUGCUGAGCGCCUAAACACAAAGGUGUCGCUGCCCAACGCCUGGCCUGUGACAGCCUCUAUGCACAUCAGCCAGUUGGAAGAGUACGAGGAAACGCUCAAUAGUACGCAGUUUUCACAGCCGAUGCGAGAGGAGCAACCUCCCCCGUCGCCUCCACCGCCGCUCCCCCUAAGGCUCCGACCACUAACAACACCACCGCCACUACGGAAGAAGAAGUCAUUUUCGCGAUUCUCUACUUUGCUGGCUCAGGGGCCGCAGCGGGCCAGAAAUCAGAGCCUAGACUCUAUUACGAAUGCCCCGCGUCCUCUCAAAGGAAAUGAAGGAUACUAUCAGUGCGUAACACCGCCUAGACGGCCGGACAGGCGAAGCACCGACACUUUUGAUACGACGUCUUCUUGGUCGAUGUAUGAUGGAGACCGCAGUGUGCCAACGGCCUGGUCACCGCAGAGCACUCCAUCUAGGCAAGAAGAUGACGUUUUUCUCGACAGAAGCGCCACAUUUGGGAAAAACAGCAUCCGGGGGUCGAGUGCGGCGAAUGUUGGCCUCGCGAUGUGACAGGGCGGGCCUCGUACAUAAAUGCGCGAUGUUACUAAUGUAUAUACAUAUUACUCAUGUGCUGG